CUUCGCCUCGCGGAGUUUUCCCAUUAUAGCGUGUAUAGGAGUCAGCAGGAGGAGGAGGAGGAGUCUGCCAGCUGCAGCUUGUUUGCAGACUCUCGUGUUUCUUUGACGGACAGCUUGUGAGGAGACACAGCAGCAGGGAUAUUUGGUCAUGACCGUCUCCGUUUAACUCUGCGAUGGAGUCAAGUAUGAGAGUUAUUGUCCUUCUCGUUGUGAUGAGAUUUUCUGCUUCUGAGGAAGUGAAGAAGAAGCUGACGGGCACUGUGGGAGGAAAUAUCACUCUACCUGACUCUGUGCAGGAGGAAGAGUUAGGAUUCCUGUUAUAUGAAGGAACGAAUAUUGCUAUGGUGAAUAAUGGAGAAUUUAAAGUAUUAGAGGAAGUAUACAAGAACAGACUUCAGUGGAACAGAAACUCUGGACUCUUUACACUCACAGAGCUGCAGAGGAACGACUCAGGGAUUUAUACUGUCGACUCUAAAACAGGAAAAGGAAACAGGAAAUCAUAUAAGCUCACAGUGUACGACUCUGUACCGACUCCUGCAGUGAAGAAAGUGAGUGUGAGCUCUGAGAGCUGCUCCUUACUGUGUUUGGUGGACAGAGAGACCACACUGCUGUGGUUUAAAGACGAGCAGAUACUGAACCAGAGCAGCUCUGCGCUCUCUCUGCCUCUCACUGUGCACAAACAGGACUUCAGCUCCUCUUACAGAUGUGUGGCUGCAAACCCUGCAGAGGAGAAAACUCUUCCUGUCCAUGUGAAAACGACCUGUGGAGACACCAACAACAACGACACCAACAGCUCGACUGAACCAAGAAACUAUAACAUCCUCAUUAUAAUCUUCUGUGUCCUGUCGGUUGUGAUGAUCGUACUUGCUGCUUUUUUCAUCAAGUCAAAGUGUCUUCCCCAAAGCAAGAAGACAAACAGACAGGCACAAGGCCCCGCAGGCACGCAGGAAGAGGUCCAAUAUAGUGAAAUACAAAUAAACAACAACAGACAGGGGGAAAAUUUACCAGAGUCAUCAACAACGAUCUACCACGCCAACCUGACCACAGUAUACGAUAAGCUGGAGGUCCAUCGCAUGAUCACGGACAACGAUGCUGAAAAUACCUGAGACCACACGAGAAAUUCCCAACUGACAGUUUCCAGAAAGAAAAAUUUUCAGACUAGUGUUACAUGCUGCUUGUCAGGUGAUACUCCCAUAAAUCUAUCCCCUACCCUGGAUGCUUCCAUUGGUCCAGAGCCGUCCUCUGGUUCUCCAUCAGCAGCAGUGGAUCAACAUCAUCUGGAACCUCUCUUACAAAAAAAAGACUUUUUUCCAAUUGAGAAAUGUGUAAUAAGUGUUGGGAAGGUUACUUUUAACAUGUAUUUCACUACAGAUUACAGAAUACAUGCCCCAAAAUGUAUUUUGUAACGUAUUCCGUUACGUUACUCAAUGAGAGUAACAUAUUCUGAAUACUUUGGAUUACUUAAUAUAUUAUCAUGCUUUUUACAACUACAUGAAUGUCCUAUUGCUAUGUGAUUUAUUACUAUUACUGAAGGUUACUCGCCAUACCAACUAGAUGUUAAAAUCUUAAUAUAAAUGAGUAACAGUAGGUGGACAUUAGGUAAGGCUGCUCUUUUUGCAGCGAUCUCGUAUAGAAAACUAUUCUGCGCGUAUAUAAAACAGGUCCGCGGCUCCGAACCGUAGUAAAGGGACCUCUGGCUAAUACGUCGGGUUCGUGUCGGGCUCGUAGCUGAAAACUAGCUUUACUUUGUUGUCUGGGUCAACUUUGCUAGCAGAGACAGAGAGAGGUGUUGAAAGGCUCCAACUGAACUUAUUGUUUCAGAGGAAAACAUGAACACAGUGUACAGUCGAGUCUUAAUAGCUUACUUAUAGCUGGGCUCGUCAGGCACUCUUCUUGGCUGCAGUGGUUAUUAUUAUAUUUACAUGCUUCAUACAUGCGAUGCCUGUAACACUCUGCCUAUUGCCUUCAUAUUAAAUCAUUUUUUGAACAAUAAUUUUAAAAAAUAUUUCUUCGUGUCAUUUUGCAGCCACAAGUAGAGGUGACAUGAGCCGUGAGAUUGAGACACAGACAUUAGAGCCUCUUAAUGCGUGUUUUGUCUGGGUUACCAAAAAUAGAGAGGGGACAGCCUGACAUAUGAAACAUGAAAAUACCGCCGUGUAAUCCAUUUAUUUCAACAAAGUAACUGUAUUCUGAAUACCACCUUUUUAAACGGUAACUGUAACGGAAUACAGUUACUCAUAUUUUGUAUUCUAAAUACGUAACGGCAGUACAUGUACUCCAUUACUUCCCAACACUGGUAAUAACCAUAUUGAACAUUACAAGAACACUCAGCAGCACCAUCUACUCCUUAAACAGGUCCAACCAGGUCCGGUCAAAGCAGCUCUGGAGCCGUCUUCUCAACAGUCAACAACAUAGUCCAGCCAACUCUCUGCACCUCAUAUGUCCUCGCCAGCUCACUGUAACACUGCUGAAUACUGAAAUGUCUGACCUCAAUCAGAAAUCCAUCCAUCUGCCAAUCAGACCCUCUUUUCUGCUGACUCAGUUAAAGCCAGCUUACACCUCACCUCUGGUAUCUGUUCGUCUCUCAGCUAUAAUAACUGCACUCCUGCACAAUCCAGUGAUUCAGUCGCUUUAGUCCUGCGUCCAGUUUUUGCUUUGUGUUUAAAAUCCUGGAGGAAACGGCUCCUGAGGUUCAUGCUCACCUCUCUGCCAGUAACCUUCAUGAACAAUAACAUGUGGUUUCCGCCUCCUCCAUAGCACAGAAACAGGCUGGUAAAUGUCAGCACCCAGUUUAUUCUCUGAACUCCCACCCAAGGAUCUAAACUGGGGUCUGUUCUGUUUGUCAUCUAUCUACUUCUUAUUGUCAUAUCUUCCCCUUAAUAUCAGUUCAACAUUAUUAAUCAUUAGUUAUUAAUUAUUUAAUUAAUAUUAAUUAAUAUUUGGUGGUUUUAUACGUUUUAAGCUUUGGUUUCUGUCCUGUUCUGGAGCUAAACGUGACCACUGAUGUUCAACAACAUUUAUUAGUUUAUAAUGUCCUAAUCAAUAAUACACCUGUGCCUGUAUGAUGUCAGUUUUACUUUAAUAAUGUCUGACAGCUAAAAUGUUUUUUUUCUUCUGCCCACAUAUUCUGUGAUAUUCUACAAACAUGUAAUUAACAUGUAACUAAUGACACAUGAAUUUAUUUAUAUUUGCAUGCCAAUAAAGACUGAACUUAUUAGACUGU